CGCAGUGCUGGCCGCCGCCACCAACAAGGAGCCCCUGCUCGCCGGCCGCCUGGUCGUGGGGCUCGGCAUCGGCAUCGCGUCUAUGACAGUGCCAGUGUACAUCGCUGAGGUCUCACCACCCAAUUUACGAGGCCGAUUAGUCACCAUCAACACCCUCUUCAUCACAGGAGGGCAGUUCUUUGCAAGUGUGGUUGAUGGAGCCUUCAGUUAUCUCCAGAAGGAUGGAUGGAGGUACAUGUUGGGACUUGCAGCAAUUCCAGCAGUUAUACAGUUUUUUGGCUUUCUCUUUUUGCCGGAAAGUCCUCGAUGGCUUAUUCAGAAAGGACAGACUCAGAAGGCCCGUAGAAUUUUAUCUCAGAUGCGUGGUAACCAGACCAUUGAUGAGGAAUACGAUAGCAUCAAAAACAACAUUGAAGAAGAGGAAAAAGAAGUUGGUUCAGCCGGACCUGUGAUCUGCAGAAUGCUGAGUUACCCCCCAACUCGCCGAGCUUUAAUUGUGGGCUGUGGCCUGCAAAUGUUCCAACAGCUCUCAGGCAUUAACACCAUCAUGUACUACAGUGCAACCAUCCUGCAGAUGUCUGGUGUCGAAGAUGAUAGACUCGCAAUAUGGCUGGCUUCAGUGACGGCCUUCACAAAUUUCAUUUUCACUCUCGUGGGAGUCUGGCUUGUUGAGAAAGUGGGCCGCAGAAAGCUUACCUUUGGUAGUUUAGCAGGUACUACUGUAGCACUCAUUAUCCUUGCCUUGGGAUUUCUGCUAUCAGCCCAAGUUUCUCCACGUGUCACUUUUAAACCAGUAGCGCCAUCAGAUCAAAAUGCUACUUGCACAAGAUACAGUUACUGUAAUGAAUGUAUGUUGGAUCCAGACUGCGGAUUCUGCUAUAAGAUGAACAAAUCAACUGUCAUCGACUCCUCCUGUAUUCCAGUUAACAGAGCAUCUACAAACGAGGCAGCCUGGGGCAGGUGUGAAAAUGAAACCAAGUUCAAAACAGAAGAAGUAUUUUGGGCUUACAAUUUCUGCCCUACUCCAUAUUCCUGGACUGCACUCCUGGGCCUUAUUUUAUAUCUUGUUUUCUUUGCACCUGGAAUGGGACCAAUGCCUUGGACUGUGAAUUCUGAAAUAUAUCCCCUUUGGGCAAGAAGUACAGGAAAUGCAUGUUCAUCUGGAAUAAACUGGAUUUUCAAUGUUCUGGUCUCAUUGACAUUUCUACAUACAGCAGAGUAUCUUACAUACUAUGGAGCUUUUUUCCUCUAUGCUGGAUUUGCUGCUGUAGGACUCCUUUUCAUCUAUGGCUGUCUUCCUGAGACCAAAGGGAAAAAGUUAGAGGAAAUUGAAUCACUCUUUGACAACAGGCUAUGUACAUGUGGCACUUCAGAUUCUGAUGAAGGAAGAUAUAUUGAAUAUAUUCGGGUAAAGGGAAGUAACUAUCAUCUUUCUGACAAUGAUGCUUCUGAUGUGGAGUAAUUUCCAUCUGCUGAUAUAUUUGGUUGUUUAAACAAACUUGGGGGAGAAAAGCAAGAUUGGUGACCUCACUGCCCUGCUUCUAAUCUGGUUCCUUCCACAGUCUAGUUUUGAAUGACUACUUGAUUAAGAGAAAGAUACAACCAUGAUGACAUUUUCUUUCAAAGCAGAAAUGUAAAAAAAUAUAUAUUUACAGAGAUUUUAAUAAUUCUUGAGCAAAUGUCUGUGAUUCCUUCCUGAGAUAGUCUAAAAUGAUAUUGUACCCAGUGACUUCAGUGGUAUCCUUUUCUCCUAAGACCAUAUAUAAUUAUUAGUGGCAAUAGAGUCAGUGCUAAUAUAGCCAAAUUAUACAUGUAUGAUAUAUUUAUAAAGGUUUCUGGGAGAUGGAUUAACAGUGUUAAGUCAAUACAUGGCGUAUUGGUCCCAAAUUUUCCAAAGGAGUAGUGGCUUUUCUGUGAUCAGCUGUUAGAAAGUAAAUUCCAUUUUAAGCUUUCAUCAGUGGAUUUUAAAGUGCCUCCUACAAGGCCAUACCUAUCUUUAUCUACUUUGGAUUCCACAUUUUGGGUUCUCUCUCAAUUCAGAGUUCAGACACUGACACUGCAUAGUAUUUAUGGAACAUUAUCAAAAGCAGAUCUUUUAGGGGUUAUUUUCAUACUUUUUUUUGCAUCAGAAGUAAGUAUACAUUUGCAAAGAUAAGCUAGCAAAUUUUGGUAGGUAUAUUUGAUUGUCAGAAAGUAAAGAUUUUUAUGGAGCCCUAAUUGGUAUGCCAUUAUAAAUACAAAACAGUGCCAGAUCUUAAACUGAAUUUCAGGAUCUGCUUUUGUUCAUGUCAAACUCACCGUACCUUCACCUAUUGGCUCUGGAGUCCUACUGUUUUGUGCCUUCAUUUGUGUGGUAGAGCUGCUGACAG